AUGGCACACUCUGCAGAAGAUUACUAUGACAUGCCUGUCGAGAUGCUGCCGUCUGCAAACUUCGCAGGCCGCCCUACGAGCGACAUCAGCAUAGGCAUGUACGACGGGCUCUGGGAUUUGAUGUUCUCACCCUCCUCUUAUUCGUCCGAAGACGAAGCCGCAGAAGAAGGCAACGAAGCCGCUCUACAACAACGGACCCCACCGAGAUCACCUCCUUCGCCGACGCAAUUAGAGUCGCCAGUAAGACCAACAAUCAGAGUAACGUCACCGACGCUCAGAUAUGAGGAGAGACAAUGGAGAGAAAGCUGGGGCAACGAUGAGAGCAUGAUAGAUCGGCCACGGUUGAGGAAGAAGUCCCAGACAGCACCUCCCGGCGGCUUUGAAGCACAGGCUACACCACCCCUGGAGCCACGGCGAGCGAUCAGUGUAAGGUUGAGCUACUCGAACACAAUAAGGAGAAGGCGGCCGAAGUCGGAUGAGGGGGUUGCGAACUGUUUGGACACCAAGAAGGUCUCCAGGGACGGGCGAUUGGGACCACGCAAGGCAUUGCCGAAACCACCAUUAUGCCAGGAUAACGAGGCGACACCUCAUCUAAUCUUUUUCGAGGAGUUUGGUGUGGUCGCAAAGGUUACUGAAGCCACCUUUGACCAGUAUUGGCUACGACAAAGUCUAAAGAUGAGCGACGCCAUGGAUGAAGAGAUGGAGGACUUUGUCGCCCGCAAGGCAAGCGUAUCAAGCGUGAGGGAGGUAGGGCCAAUGGGUCCCCGUGUCACACAAGGUCCUCCUGGGUUGAAGUCCUCGUUCUCGUCCGCGUCAUCUGUGGUUUCUAUGCACCCACCAGAAAAACACGUCAUGGCCUCGACUCUUGCGAGUAGUAGCAGUAGUAGUAGUAAUACCUACGUCGCCUUCCUCGAACAAGCCAAGCACGACUUCUGCAUGAGCAACGCACACCUCUCAGAGGAGGAGCUAAACCGCGCGUGGUUCCAGGCUGCCUGCCAACCGUCGCAACCCUCCAUGGCCCACCAGGUCCCACGGUCAAUGGCCUUCAACACGUCAAAUAUGACCCAGCUUCCAACAACUGGCUUCGAAUCAAUGGACCGGACUCGUUCUGCUCCCGUCAUGAACCGCUCAGACUCGGCCAUGACCGACAAUCUACACCGCUCAAACACCACCUACUCUGGCUGGCCUUCAAUGUCCCAAGAGUCCAACACCGACUACACACUCUACUCUGACACUUCCAUGCGAAGACAGCCGACUCUCCAGUCGAUGCCAGAGACUGCUUACAACAGCAUCGCUGAGUACAGUGUUGGCGACUACGUCAGCAGCUGCAUCCAGCCAGACAACUCUUCUUCCCUCCCCACCCCCCAGCAUUCACAACAGUUGCAACUGACACCCAGCUUGCAGUGGAGUUCGUCUUCGGACGCCUCUUCACCCAGCACACCGUCAACCGCUCUGAUGACGCCUGUUACUCAAUCUAGUAACAUGAGUCGUCAGGGUAGUUACAACCCUCUGUUUUUUGAUAACAUUUCCAUGUCGCGCAAUCAGUCAAAUUCUUCAUGUAUGCCCAUCCUCCCAGAGGAUGGGUCGUUUCCUUAUUCCUUUAACGUCGCAUCCAAGCCCAUCAGCGAGUCCGCUGAUGGUUCUCAUUUUCUCAACUUCACUGGCUCCUCCAGUGAAGCUUUCCUUUCUUCAUCUGUUCCUGCAAGUGCGCAUGCACUUGCGUCUUCCGACAACGAUCAGUCGUGCCUGGCGGAGGAUAUGCGGAGGUCGACUUCAGCUUCAUCAAGCGAGGGUUACUCGAGCGAGGUCUCUGCACCUUCAUCGACCAACUCUCGUCAAUCGCAACGCGAACGCGAGAUCAACGCGCAAGCUGCGUCUCGCAAGAUUGCCCCGAAGGCAAUCGACAACAAUGAUGCGACCGAGUCUGCGUCAUCAAAUGCUCAGAUGACAAGGAUAAGGUCUGAGGAUGGAUCCUCUAAGACUGUCGGUGUCCUGUCAAAGACACCGUACGUGCGUCCUCAACACCCAAAGAUCAAGUGUAACUUUUGCAACGAGCGACCCGAUGGGUUCCGUGGCACACAUGAGCUUGACCGUCACAUUGCUCGCGCCCAUGCCUCUCGCAGGAAGGGCUACAUCUGCGUCGACUCUUCAGCCGACAAGAAGUUCCUCGCCAACUGUAAGCACUGCCGUAACAAGAAGGUGUACGGUGCGUACUACAACGCCGCCGCUCACCUUCGCCGUGCGCACUUCCAUCCCCGCAAGAGGGGCAGGAAGGGCAAGAACGACGAGAAGCGUGGUGGCAUCGGUGGCGGAGACCACCCUCCCAUGGAGUAUCUCAAGCAAAACUGGAUCAAAGAGGUGGAGGUCGACAACAAGCCCACUCCUCAGUCACCCGAAAGCGCUUCCGACAACGACGCGUCUGAACAGAUCGACAACACCUUCGACACUUCUUCGUACGAAGUAGACAACACUGCUGUUCCCGCUGCCGCCUACCCUCCGUCGCAACAGCCGCUUCCCAUGGCCAUGCCCAUGCAAGUACCCAUGAUGGACCAAGUCCCUAUUGACCCAAAUCAAUACAUGGACUACGGUAUGAACAUGCAUGCGAAUGAGCCCAUGGUGUUUGACAACAACACCUUCUUCGACCCCAACCUUCCUGUCCCCACCGACAUGAGUAACUUCCAGUUCGACGCGUACAUGGGUCCUUGA